GCGCCACCCACUCCAGCGUUUGAUAGCGGACACAUUGCAAUCAAUUUUUAAAAGCAACAUUUGCCUGACUGCCCCAUCAAUGUGAAUGCAAUUGGGGGGCCGGAAGGGAGACAAAUAGCAAAGAAUAACAAUAACAAGGAAGAAGUUAGACGCGGAAGGUUAACAAGAAUUGAAAGGAUAAAGACAUAUUCAAGCAAAGCGCAUACCGCUUUCUGAGUUUUGACCGCUAGCAGACUGUUCGUGUUGUCGGCGGUACGGAGACCAGAGAACAGAACAUAAAGGAAAAGCCUACAUUUUCUUUCAUCUGCUAAAUUCUGCCAGACACUCCAACAUGGCAUCCAGCUUGUUAAGCCACCAAAUGAGGUACACAGUACGACGAAGCCUUGGAUUAUUUGUUCCAAGUUACAGAUGUGUUAGCAAAACAGCUACAAAGAGCUCACUGGAUUUUGAAUAUAAUGGGCCAUCUAUGAAGACUGAAGUCCCAGGGCCUCGAUCUAGGCAAUUGAUGAAGCAACUAAAUGUAAUCCAGAAUACUGAUGCGAUACACUUCUUUUGCAAUUAUGAAGACAGCCGGGGAAACUAUCUUGUAGAUGUGGAUGGAAAUAUAAUGCUGGAUAUUUACACACAGAUUGCGUCCAUUCCUCUUGGUUACAAUCAUCCAGCUCUUUUCAAAGUUAUGCAAAAUCCACAAAAUCUGAGCACGUUUAUCAAUAGACCAGCCCUGGGAAUACUUCCACCUGAAUAUUUACCUGAAGAAAUUGAAAGAUCUCUACUGUCAAUAGCUCCUAGAAACCUAAGGAAGGUGCAGACAAUGGCCUGUGGUUCCUGCUCAAAUGAGAAUGCCUACAAAUCCAUAUUCAUUUGGUACAGAAAUAAAGAGAGAGGAAACAGUAAACCAUCAAAAAAGGAACUAGACACCUGCAUGAUAAACCAGGAACCAGGGUGCCCCGUAUAUAGCAUUCUUUCUUUCAUGGGUGGCUUUCAUGGGAGAACUUUUGGAUGCCUUGCCACAACACAUUCCAAAUCCAUUCAUAAAUUAGAUAUACCUUCACUGGACUGGCCUAUAGCACCUUUCCCAAAACUUAAGUAUCCUUUGGAAGAGCACACUAGAGAGAAUGCACAAGAAGAGGCACGUUGUUUGGAGGAGGUUGAAGACCUCAUAGUAAAAUAUAGGAAGAAGGGGAAAAAUGUGGCUGGAAUUGUCAUUGAACCAAUCCAGUCCGAGGGAGGAGACAACCACGCAUCAGUAGACUUCUUUAAGAAACUGAGAGAAAUUGCCAAAAAGCAUGGUGCGGCAUUCCAUGUGGAUGAGGUUCAGACAGGAGGUGGCUGUACUGGAAAAUUCUGGGCUCAUGAACACUGGGGAAUGGAUGACCCAGCAGAUGUUGUAUCAUUCAGUAAGAAAAUGCUUACAGGAGGCUAUUUUCAUAAGGAUGAACUAACUCCUGAUGGGCCCUAUCGAAUCUUCAAUACGUGGAUGGGAGAUCCCUCUAAAAACAUUCUAUUAAGUGAAGUUUUGAAUGUUAUCAAAACAGAGAAACUCAUGGAUGAAGUUCAAAAAUCUGGAAAGGUUUUGUUGAAUGGUUUAUAUGACUUGCAGCUUCGUUUUCCACAUAUUUUGAGUGCUGCCAGAGGUGUGGGCACAUUUUGUGCUAUUGAUGCUAAAAAUGACCAAAUAAGAAAUACCUUGAUUGAAAAGGCAAGAAGUAAAGGUGUAGUCCUUGGAGGCUGUGGAGAACGAUCAAUAAGGUUCCGUCCUGCUUUGGUCUUUAAAGAACAUCACGCUCAUCUCUUCUUGAAUAUCUUCAAUGACAUCUUGGCAGAAUUAAAAUAAGCUGGAACAGGGGUUUUGUGUCAAUGUAAAGCACAGGGUAUAAACCCAUCUUUUUUGCCAAAUAGACGGAAAAACAAGGCAUCCACAAAUUUUGUGAAUUGUUAUACAAAAUGAAAAGACAUACAUUUUUUAAUGAUUAGUUUAAAAUAUGUUCAAAAUUAUACUUGUGUAAAACCUGGGGUAAAGUGGUGGACCCUUGUUUGGCUGUGUGUGAACCUCCAGCUAGCUCCAUCUCUGCCAGGUUUAAAACACAAUAGUAAUGUGCAAAUGUAAUAGUUUGCAUGGGCAGGUGGGAGGGGUAGGUGCCAUUAUUGGUGCUUCUUGGCAGACUGGAGCACAAUAGCAUAUUGUCUAGCAAGACUGUUCUUCUAAAUAGAUAAAGCAAUAGUUUUGGGUUUUUUUCCUUGAAUUAAUUUUGCACCAAAACCAAAAAAAGACCCUCCUGCAGUGUUCCCUUGUGUUUACGGGCUAAUGUUGCCACCUACCAGUCUUAGAUUUACAAAGCCAAAACCCCGAGACCAUUAACUGGAAUGAACAUUUAUAAAGCAGCCUGCAUUUUUGUGACGCAGGUAAAUGCUCACACGGCGUGUCUAAGAUAUUGCAUUAAAUAUUAAGGUCACACAUUUUGUAAAGAGUAUUUUUCAAUGUGUAAAGAGAUGCCACAUUUUUAAAAUCCUGGCACAUUUUCUCAUGACCCCGUCUAUCUAUAUAAAAUGAAGAACAAGCAGUAGUCUUUAAAUUCCGUUGCAUACUAUAGAGUGUAAUAACCAAGGAUGACACUUGCUGAUUAAAAUGGCUGCUGUGAGUUUACCUGUCGUGUAUCCAGUAUGGCUGCUGCACUAUACAAGAACUGACACUCGAAGAUAUUUAGCAGAAACGUACAAGUACUUUUAAAAAUAAAGGUUCAAGUUUAGUUUAAUUAUAUUUGCCUUUGAAAGGAAGCACUUGUGUAACUCUUAAAAGCAAAUCUCUCGCAUGGUUCCAGGGCUGGGAAUAACUUAACUAGAUAUAAAUUUAGGUGUCACGUUUUGCAUAUUGUUUAGCAGAACAUGCAUAUCUUAGCUUCUCGCUGGCUUAAGACGAUUAGGGAUACACAUUAGUGGAAUGGUAUAAUGAAGGACUGGCGAGCAGUGUAUCAGAACGUAGUCUUAAUUCUUAAUAACUUAACACUACAUUAGUAUGAAGAAAAACUAAAUGGAGUUGUUGUUUAAUGCAUGCCUAUAUUGUACUGACAAGUGUUUAAAGCACUUUAGAUUUGAUCUUAAAGGUGUAAAUAAACUGGACUUUGAAGGAAAAUGUACAUCUAAACAACAUUUUUAAAUGUUACCUCUUUCUAGGCAAAAAUGUAAAUCUUCAACUUUUUUGAGUUUUCAGGAGAAAAAGUUUAAGCACAAAUGUGAAAAUAUGUCUUAAAAUGAAGGUAUGUUUUGAGCUGCUUACUGUUUACUGCCUUUUAACACACAUUACUUAAAAUGGCUUAAGAUGGAAGUUCUACUUCAUAUGUUUAUAAAAGUGAGAAUCUGAGUAGCAUACGCUAAUUUAAAGAACUCUGCACACUGCAACACCACUGUUAACACACGCACGACUGGCCAACUAGAACAUCCACUGUGUUUUUAUUUUAUUUUAUUUUAAAGCUAUAUUGCAUUACACCAAACAUAAAUCUGAAAUGUUUCAGAGGGAAGGUGAAUUCUACAAUUUCUUUUUUUUUUUGCAGGAUUUAUGAUUUACCACCUCCAAGUAUUCAGACUACAAUAAUUUUAGGCACAAACUUCAGGACUAAUUUCAGUUGUAAUAUUUUAAGAGAAAGAAUGGAUACUUUUUAAUUCUUUUUUACAUUUUGUCACUAAAACUGCACUUUUCUCAAUAAGUACAGUUUGUCUAAAAGUUAAAUAAUGAAAAAUAUUUUGACGGGUAAUUGUACUUCAUAUUAUACAGAGCAUCACGACAGUUGUAAAUUAUACCCAAAACUGGCAAAUGACCGAUUCAAAAGCAAAGACUUGUUGAACAUAACAUUUGGAGAACAUAAAAUACAAAAGAGUUGCGUCAAAGUCAGCCGUGCACCAGCACUACACUUGCGUUAGACAUUAAAUUUUUGAAAACCCAUCAUAGGUUUGUCGGGUACAUUUCUUCACACGUGUUCAUACGUUGUAAAAUGUUUGUACUGCAGUUUUAUUUCAAGUUCACUUGCUGCAGAUUAAAUGCAUUUCCUCCUUUUCUAAAUGGGAUUGAUCUGCGGUUUGCAAGUUCAUGCCAGUCAGUUGGCAAUCGAGUUCCUUUGCUUGUUGUAUAACAAACUUCUAAACAUCUGCUGUUUUUUGUUUUAUAAUCUGUGAACUAAUCUGUGCCAAAUUUUGUUGUAAUAAAACUAUAUGUUCGAAAUAUCGUGUUGAAGAGAUCUUAGUAUAAUAAAAUACAUUUAAGUGUAA